AUGUGUUGGCAAUCUAUCAGCCUGAAGGAUCCCAACAGCCAGGAAUUGCUUGAUGCAGUUGAGCAUGAGAGGAGCAUUAGGAUGAAUCCACCUAGAAAUACCACAAUAUUUCAUCAUCCAACUUUGGGGGAUUUCGAAUUACAGCAUUUACCAGUUAGUGCAACUGAUGCUGAACUUGAAGAGCGCAUAAUUCAGCACUUAGCUGCGGCUGCUGCCAUGGGAAGGGCACGCCACAUGACCAGGAGGGAAGGCCAUAGGACUAGGUCAUCAGCUCAGGGUCGUCCACAUUUCCUGGUGUUCUCAUCUCAUCCUAAUGCACCUCUUGCUCCUGCUUCUUCUUCUUCUCCAACUCAGAGAGGUGAAGGUGAACCACCUUCUGCAAACACAGGAGAAGAAUCUCCACCACAGAUAACACCACCAGCUUCGUUACAGGCUGACCAGGUUUCUGCCUCAGCGUCAGGAUCAGGUGUUACUGCCAAUGAACAUGGAACUUCCUCAAGUAGUCGGAGGUCUCCUACUCAGAUUUCUCCGACCAAUCAAGAUAUAGCUGGACCAUCAGAUCUCCAGUCAUUUUCAGAAUCUUUAAAAUCUCGAAUUAGUGCAACAUCGACAAGGUACAAAGAAUCAAUAACGAAGAGCACAAGAGGUUGGAAGGAGAGAUUGUUCUCCCGUAACACUUCUAUGGCAGACCUUGGUUCUGAAGUUAGAAGAGAAGUUAAUGCAGGGAUUGCUACUGUGUCGCGAAUUAUGGAACGUCUUGAAACAAGAGACAAUAGUAGACCCAACACAGCUUCUGUAUCAGCUGGUUCAGAGGAUAGCUCACCUCCAGACCAGGGCAACCUGCAAAUUACAGAGAGUGGCAGUGACAAUUCUUUGAAUGAGAAUAUACAAGCUCCAUGUGCUGCAAGUUCUGCUUCAAACUAGUUAUUAGUUGAGCAAUCUCAUCAACUGAAAGCAUUUCAUCCCAGAGGUAAGUUUUGAGUUCAAUAUUGCCUGUGCUGCCAUUGUUGCACAUGUGGGACUAGUACUCUGUUUUGAGACCAAGGCUCAACUUUUUAGUGUGUUAAUUUCUUGAUUCUUUGAGUUUUAAUGCUCAUGUUCACCUUAUAUGAUUAUGUAAUUCAUGGUAAUUGAGUACGACAUGGUCGUGGUGAAAUGAUGUAUCGUUCACGCAUGGCUAUUAUUUUCAGGUUGCAUCACAUCUGUUGCAUGAAGUUAUAUAUUCUCUCCAUUACAUUGCAUGCCAAUAAAUCACUGAGAGUGGUUAGGCUGUAGGUAUACAGAUACAGGCAGAGAUAAAGAAUUGAGAGACCAAAAAUUGAGGACGAAAUCCAUUGCCCCUAGUGAGCUGGUUGAGUAUGUCUGUAAUUUUUAGGUCAUAAAACCACAAUUGCAUAAAUACUUCAAACUCUUAUAAUGCACUACUCCCCUUCAAGCUAGAAUAUAGAUAUCUAGCAUGCCCAUCAUAUUAGUUAGCUGUGCAACUGUCCUCUACCUAAAGGUUUAGUAAACAUAUCACCCAAUUGAUCUCCAGUCCUACCGCCUACGCACAUAGUAAAAAUUUGUUGUCAUUAUCAAAUCUCUUUCAAAAUGACUUCCAACUUCUACUAUGCUUUGUUCUCCCAUG